CCUUUUUCGUUUGACCCCAAGGCCUUGCCGCCUUUCUACCAAUCUCUAUUACUAGCCUGGCGGAGCCUUAAUGGCUCCUUUUCCCACUGGUAUCAAACUCUUGUAUACGGUUCGUCUACUCCCCUUGGUUGUGCUCCUGUAUUAAACAUGUCUACUAGUCUCUGUUACCGUUACCUACUGUCGGAGAACAUGGUCCCGCUGCAUUGCGUGGAGAAGUUUAACACCAUCUAUGGGAAUCUGGACUGGCCUGCCACGUGGCGCUCCCUGUCCCUCUUCCAUCUUGAUCGUCAGGUCACUGACCUUAAUUGGAAGAUUGCACACGGCGUCUUGUACACUGCACAGCGUCUGGCCUCCUUCGGCUUAUCUGUUCCUUUACCUUGCUUCUGUGGUGCCCCGGUGGAGACACCGGAACACCUUUUCUUUUAUUGCCUUCUUGCUCAGAGCGUUCUUUCUUGGAUACAGUCGUUACUGUUUGGUUUCUCUUCCAUGUGUCCUGUUCUCCUUCUUCGUCAUGUCAUCUUUGGUCUCAAUUCUAAUGAGUUGAGGGCCACCCCUUGUGUUCUCAUCUACCUCCUCAACCUCUGUAAAUUCUUUGUCUGGCAAUCUCGUAACGACUUCCGCUUCCGUAAUUCCAGGCCUGGCGCUGUGGACGUCAUCGCACGUGUAAAGACCCGCCUGAGGUUUCGUCUCAACAUCUUCUUCAGGCGCUUCACAUCCACCCGACGUCGUGACUUCUUCCAUCGGCAGUGGGGUGCCCGUGGCACUGUAGCCUCAGUGGUCAACGACACUCUUGUGUUUACUAUCUAGUCUCGCUUGUUUGAGUGUUGCGUGACUUUUUCUGCUUGAAUGGGUGUCUCUGUGCUACUCGUGCUGGGUCUCCUUCAUUGGUGUACUGCACAGUAGCUCAUUGUCGGUCUCGUUUGCUUGAGUGACGUGUGAUUUUUCGCUUGAAUGAGUGUGUCUUUGUGCUGCUUGUGCUGGUGUACUGCACAGUAGCCCAUUGUUAGUUUCCGUUUCGUAACCCAUGUGCUGGGUCUCCUUCGUUGGUGUACUGUACUGGGCUUGUAUCGUUCUGUCGUUUUAGUUUUCUGUUUGUUCUCUUGUGUGUGUGUUCAGUUUUUGGUUUCAGUGAGGUGGGGUUCGAUUCCCCAGCGAAGUUGGCGACUGGUGUUCCUCGUUUGUUGGGGUCCCAAUCCUAAGGCCUUGCACUCUAGCGAUGGGUUGGAGUGGACAUUAUGGUCGGCAGGCAUUGCACCGCCCUCACGGGAGCCUGACCGUCCGCUUCAAAAAUAAAAAAAAUUCUUAGCGGCCUAAUACAUUGCACCUCCUUCCUUCGGUUACCUUUUUAUCUUUUGCUCUCUGUGAUCAACAUGAUUUUCUUCUCCGUGAGAAGGUUUCCUUUUCCAAUCCUUCCUUUUUUUGUCUUCUCUUCUCGUUCAUCUUCACUUUAAUGAGCCAUGGUUUCCUCCGCCACUUCCGUUGCCAAUUGGACGUUAUUCAUUUCAAGUUUUCCCUCGUUCCUUUUGCUUCUCUUCCUUGCUGAAAGUAAGAAAGUAAAAAACUAAGAAAGUAUCCAAGAACUCCAGGAAUAUGGAUUGAGAGAUGACAGCUUUUGCUUUGUUACCUGUCCUCGAUGAUGACAUAAACUGAUGAUGAUGAAUGGAAUAAUAUACAUGCAAGAAUGUCAACAUAAUGAUUUAAAUCAAGACCAUGCCUAACUUACCUUGCGAGCAGAGCCUUUUUAACCUGUCCUCGAAUCGAUUAAAAAGAAGAAAAGAAGAAAAGGCUCUGCUCACAGGGUAUGCCUAACUUCACGCUAGUUGAAUUUUUUUUAAAUUUAUUUAUUAUUAUUUUGAUUUAUUUUGAUUUAUCACAGAUUCCAACAAUUAAGAGGCUCUUCUUCUGUAACAAUACUAAUCUAAUCUAAGUAUAUAUACAUAUAUAUGUAGUAACUAAUUAAAAGUAUAAUAACAAUAAUAAAAUUAAUCAAUGUAACUUAUCGUGAGAUAU